CAGUGGUCCGACCACGUGCCGGGAGGAAGUUACUACUGUCAUUAAUAACACUGUGGAUCACUAGAGCUUUGUGUUAACAUCACUUUUCUCAACAGGUUCAGUUCCCAGUUCUUUAUUGUGUGUAGGUUUGAAUUUGGUCUCGUGGUGAAUAGAUAAUAAUAGAUAAUGAGCCAUCAUGCCUGUGAUCAACAGGAAGCAGCAGCAGCAGGGGAAGGAUGUAGCGGUCCAGGGCACGAAUGACAGCAGUGUUGUCAGUAAGGUGUCGGCAGCAGCUCAAGGCUACUUCCAUGAUGACUUCCUCAGACGUUUUGUGGGCAAAGUGUCACGAAGAGCUCCUCUCAUCAACUGGGGUUAUUAUGUUCGCUGGAAAGCUGUCGAUUACUGUGUGAAACAGUUUCUGUGUGUUACUGAUGCCUGUGAUAGGAGACAGAUCCUGUCUUUGGGUGCCGGCUUCGACUCCCUUUACUUCCGGCUUCACUCAGAAGGAGCGCUGGAGCGAGUUUGCAUAUUUGAAGUCGACUUCCCUGAUGUUGCCAGACGCAAGGCGUCCUUAAUCAGCAGCAAUCAUAUUCUGAGUGAUGCUCUUCCAGAUUGUGGAAUCUUAGCUGGCCCUGUGUACUUGAACAGUGCUCGCUAUAAGCUGCUGGGUGUGGAUGUGAGGAAUGAGACCGAGAUGGAGGAGGUUCUAGGUGCAGCCGGGCUGCAGUGGAACUCCCCAACACUGAUCCUCUCAGAGGUGGUGCUCACGUACAUGGAAACAUGCUGGUCAGAUGCUGUGAUCGGCUGGGCAGCCAGGAUCCUCCCCCAGGCUUUGUUUGUGAUGUAUGAACAGAUCCGCCCAGACGAUCCCUUUGGCACGGUUAUGCAGAACCACUUCCUGAAGCUCAACUCCAAAAUCCAUGCCCUGUGCCAGUACCCAGAUACAGCAGCACAGACUGAGAGAUUCUUACAGAAGGGCUGGGAGAAAUGUGGAUGUCUGGAUAUGAACCAGUUCUACUUCGGUCUUCUAACAGAGGAUGAGAGGGAGAGGGUGGAAAAGUUGGAGCCGUUUGAUGAAUUUGAGGAAUGGCAUCAAAAGUGCUCUCAUUACUUCAUCCUCACUGCCUCCAAAGGCUCUCUGACCAGUCAAGCAGUCCUCACAAUCCCGAGGGAGACCCCCGUUCCGUUGCUCAAACCUGAUCUGGAGGGUCUGCCUGUGGCAGUGCGGCUUAUGUCUGAAGCUGUGCGUGCAGAGGCUGUGGGAAUGGCCUCCUCCCUGCUGGAACCUGGGGUUGUGCUCCUCACCGGGGGCUGUGGAAGACGAGGCCGAAACACCGCAGCUACACUUUUGAUCAGAGAGCACACAGCCUGGAGAUAUGCCACUGUGGAACUAGAGCGAGAGAAAUGUGUGCGGAUGUAUCACUCCAUGACCUCUGUCCCUGGUUGGGGUGCAGUAAUUCUAGGCGGUAGAACUUCUCCACUUCACCCCAUUGAUGACAUUCUGAGAGUCACCUAUCUGACUGACCAGUUUAACCCCAAAAAUAUGCUGGUAUCUACGGAGAAGAUGGUUUGUACUGGCGCAGCCCCGAGACCAAGAUGGCGGCAUACAGCAACCUUGCUGAGUCAUGGUGAUAGGAACUACUUAUUUGUUUUUGGAGGCCGUACAGAAAGGGGGCAGGUUCUAGGUGAUGCGCACUUCCUGUGUUUGGAGGAUCAGCAUUGGACUGAUGUCCUACUUGAAGGCUGCAUCCCUGAACCGCGUCACUCCCACUCCGCUUGUGCAUACAGACAAGGACUGGUGAUCUUUGGAGGCCUGGGCCGAGGAGGUGUCCCUUUAGGAGAUGUUGUCCUGCUGAAGCCCAUGUCCACAGGCUUCUGUUGGCAGAGGUUGCAUGUCUGCCCAGCCUUGGUUCCAAGGUAUUCCCAUUCUGCCCAUGUGAUUGGUGAGAAUCUGGUGGUAGUUGGUGGGGUCUGGCUCCAGGCAGAUGGCAUCCCAGGAGUUGCUGUAAUAAACCUGACCACCAGGGUCAGUGUUGAAGUCCGCUUAGACACAUCAUCUAUCCCCUGGCCCCUCAUGCUGCAUUCAUUCUGCUCAGAGAUGCUAGACUCAGAUGGAGCUGAGAUGGCAGUCAUCGGUGGUGGAGGAAACUGUUUCUCUUUUGGCACCCAUCUCAAUUCCCACCCUGUUAUUCUAGACCUGAGGCCUAUACUUCAAAACAUGGCACAUUUCAACCACACAGAAAAAACAUCUCUGGGGGAAGGCAUGGCCUAAUGGUUGGAGACGCAGCUUUGGGACCACAAGGUUGCCCAUUUGAUUCCCUGGACCAGUAGGAAUGGCUGAAGUGCCCUUAAGCAAGGCACCUACAGUGCCUUGAAAAAGUAUUCAUACCCCUUGAACUUUGUCACACUUU